GUUUAGUUCCAUGCAGCCCGAGUUCGUCUUCAUUAGGGCCGUUAGCCCUGGCCUGCAGCCUCUCGCCCUCUCGAUUUCACAGGUUGAGAUACUGGAAGGUCGUCACUGAUCACUUCUCUGAUCCACUCUCUACUUAUGUCUACCAUAUAUGCUAUUUUCAUAGCUGUAUGGAUAACCAGGGCAUUAUGUACUAUGCAAUUCGUCAACCCCCCGCCCUUUGGAGAGCCCGGCGACUUUAGCAGUAACCCUACCUUUACAUUGGGCUCAACACUUACUAUAAUAUGGAAGGCCGGGGAGGAAGGCAAAGCGACGUCCCUUGUUCUAUAUCAGCUGGCUACGCCGAGUGGUGAUUGGGUGGAAGACAUGGAGUACUUGGCCCAGGGCGCAAUUGGUCUCACGCGAUAUACCUGGCUUGUCGGAACCAGGAAAGACCUUCAGACGUCAAACAUCUUCUAUAUGAGCCUCUAUCGAGAGGGUUCAACGACGCCCGACGCAAACAGUCACUAUUUCUACCUCAAAAAGAACGAAAGCCAGCCAACAUCAACCCUGUCUUUUGGACCCACGAACACCUCCACAAGCAGAGUGCCACAACUGAAUACCCCAUCCCCGGGACCAAAAGUUAUUGACGUAUUCUGAAAAAAAAAGUUUCAGGUCAAACAAACUCGGCAUUGGAUUUGGCGUAAUCGUUCCGGCUGUGGGGUACUGGCUAGUAUAUAGCUUCCCCUCUACAGAGUCUUCACUCUACUAAUGUAAUACUUAUUUCAAGACUAGUUGUACCUGAAAUAUCAUUUGUUGUCGACUAAUCCCGUAAUAGAUCACAUAGAUGUCGAAGUAUGCC